GUCUCGCGGCUGCGCGUCGGGGGUCUGCAGCCUCGCUCCGCGGUCGCUCCGCCGGGCCCCUGCUCUCGCCCCGCCCAUUCCGCUUUGCAGGGUGCUGGGGGAUUUCCUUUUGCCUCCGGUUGGGGCUGCUAUUUCGCUUCGCUGACGCCCGGAAGAAGCCAGUCGCCCUUUACCAGUAUGGUUGCAGUUGCCUCAUUUCCUGUAUCAUGUGACUCUCCUGUCGUCAUCAUGUGACCCAUCCACUCCAUUAUGCCGGAUUAACCCGCAGGGCUAACCCAGCGUCUAUAGCUACCGCAGGUGCUUGCAUCUGUUUUCAUUUAGUGGAUCCUCUGUCCCUCCCAGGCUUGAGAACCCUGCAGUCUUCUCAUCUAGUGAUGGAGCUUUCAAGUCCUUCCAGAGAGGGGUGUCUCAAGUGCCCGGGCAGGGUAGGCAUCAUGGCUGCCAGCCUCAUGGGAUUGCUUCUACUUCAGGCAGUAUCAUGGGCAUCAGGUGCCCGCCCCUGCAGCCCUAAAAGCUUUGGCUACAGCUCGGUGGUCUGUGUCUGCAAUGCCACGUACUGUGACUCUCUUGACCCCCUGACCCUGCCUGCCCCUGGCACCUUCAGCCGCUAUGAGAGCACACGCAGUGGUCGCCGAAUGGAGCUGAGUCUGGGGACCAUCCAGGCCAACCGCACAGGCACAGGGUUGCUACUGACCCUGCAGCCAGAUCAGAAGUUCCAAAAAGUGAAGGGAUUUGGAGGGGCCAUGACAGAUGCUGCUGCUCUCAACAUCCUUGCCCUGUCACCUGCUGCCCGGAAUUUGCUACUCAAAUCAUACUUCUCUGAAGAAGGAAUCGAAUACAAUAUCAUCCGGGUACCCAUGGCCAGCUGUGACUUCUCCAUUCGUGUAUACACCUAUGCCGACACCCCUGAUGACUUCCAGUUGCACAACUUCAGCCUCCCAGAGGAAGAUGUCAAGCUCAAGAUACCCCUGAUUCACCAGGCCCUGGAGUUGGCCCAGCGCCCCAUCUCACUCUUCGCCAGUCCCUGGACAUCACCCACUUGGCUCAAGACCAAUGGGGCAGUGAAUGGGAAGGGGUCACUCAAGGGUCAGCCGGGAGAUCGCUACCACCAGACCUGGGCCAAAUACUUUGUCAAGUUCCUGGAUGCCUAUGCUGAGCACAAGUUACAGUUCUGGGCGGUAACAACUGAGAACGAGCCUUCUGCAGGGCUCAUUAGUGGGUACCCCUUCCAGUGCCUGGGCUUCACCCCUGAACACCAGCGAGACUUCAUCGCCCGUGACCUGGGUCCCACCCUUGCCAACAGUACGCACCGCAAUGUCCGUGUGCUCAUGCUGGAUGACCAACGCCUGCUGCUGCCCCGCUGGGCCCAGGUGGUGCUGGCGGACCCAGAGGCAGCCAAAUACGUUCAUGGCAUCGCUGUACACUGGUAUCUGGACUUUCUGGCUCCAGCAAAAGCCACCCUGGGGGAGACACACCGCCUGUUCCCUGACAUGAUGCUCUUUGCCUCAGAGGCCUGUGUGGGCUCCAAGUUCUGGGAGCAGAGUGUGCGCCUAGGCUCCUGGGAUCGAGGGAUGCAGUACAGCCACAGCAUCAUCACGAACCUCCUCUACCAUGUGGCUGGCUGGACCGACUGGAACCUCGCCCUGAACCCUGAAGGGGGACCCAACUGGGUGCGCAACUUUGUCGACAGCCCCAUCAUCGUGGACAUCGCCAAGGACACGUUUUACAAACAGCCCAUGUUCUACCACCUUGGCCACUUCAGCAAGUUCAUUCCUGAGGGCUCCCAGAGAGUGGGGCUGGAUGCCAGUGAGAAGACCAACUUGGACACAGUGGCACUGAUGCAUCCCGAUGGCUCUGCAGUUGUGGUCGUGCUAAACCGCUCCUCUAAGGAUGUGCCUCUCACCAUCAAGGAUCCUGCCGUGGGAUUCCUGGAGACUGUCUCACCUGGCUACUCCAUUCACACCUACCUGUGGCGUCGCCAGUGAUGAAGUGGAUACCCAAGCAGGCGCCUGGGCUUAGCAUGGGCAUUAAAAGGACAGAGUCAGCUCA